AGCAGUAUUCUCCUUAUCGCUACUGUCAAUUUUUGACCUCUCCCUUCACUUUCAACUCCCCCCCCCCCAGACUUGACUAUUACCCGGUUCCCACCUGGGCCCCCUCCACCCCCACAUCCUCUAAUUGAUCAGUGGUUGCAUGCAGCCCCCCAAGCGGACACACUCACACAAGGAGUGGAGGUGCUGGUAUCGAUGACUGACCAGCGGGUCGGCAAUUCUUCGGACUCUCUGUCUCGACGGAGGCCCAAUUUUUCCACGCGUACCGCUGAAGAAGAUGUCUCCAGAUUAGACCCUAGUGAAUCGACCAAAUUUUCACCAGAAUCCAGUAGUAAGGUCUUUCUAGGGAAGGGGACGAUUGAAUCACCAGUUGCUGAGAAUCAUCGCUAUGAACCGCUGAGCUCAUCCACACAUUCGCCUGAACGGCAUCGUCACUCACUUCCCAACGAUGUCUUCAGUAAUGUCACUCAGUGGUGGAAUGGGCAAGGCAGUGAUGGAAAACAUGAUUUUCCCAGGGAGAGAAUUCUUCCUCCGGCUCCAGCUACAGGUCCUUUCAGAGAGUCUGGCGUAGACCAGAAAGAGCGCGAGGCUCAGAUUCGAGCUUCCGACAAUUCUGAUAAGUUGGGAACAUUCUCGGGAGUUUUCGUACCGACGACGUUGAAUGUCUUGAGUAUUUUGAUGUUUCUCAGGUUCGGGUUCAUUCUCGGACAAGCUGGACUGCUGGGAAUGCUCGGCCUGCUUUUCAUCUCAUACACCAUCAAUCUAGUGACGACCAUGUCCCUUUCUGCCAUCGCCACUAAUGGCACAGUCCGUGGUGGUGGCGCAUACUACCUGAUCUCCCGCUCACUGGGACCCGAGUUCGGUGGCUCAAUUGGCAUUGUAUUCUACCUUGGAUACGUGCUGAACACUGGUAUGAAUGCAGUCGGUUUAGUGGAUUGCUUCAGUCAAAAUUUCGGCACAGAAUCGGGUACCUGGGCCAAUUUCCUCGAAGAGGGCUUCUGGUGGCAGUAUCUAUGGGGUACCAUAAUCCUAGUCCUAUGUACGGGAAUAUGCUUGGCUGGGAGCUCUAUCUUUUCAAGGGCCAGCAAUGGGCUGCUGAUUAUCUUGCUUGUCGCAACCUUCAGCAUACCAUUGUCUGCCAUUUUCAUGAAACCUUUCAAUAUUCCCAAGAUUGGGGUUGAAUUCACAGGGUUUCGGCUACAGACACUGUUAGACAAUCUCAAACCCAAGCUCACUAAGGGCGCGGCGGGCAGCCAACUUCCAGGACGCGAAAACUUUCAAGACCUAUUUGGUAUCUUGUUCCCUGCAACUGGUGGUAUUUUUGCCGGUGCUAGUAUGUCUGGAGACCUAAAGAAUCCCAGCAAGUCCAUCCCGAAGGGUACUCUGUAUGGCCUGGGACUCACGUUCGUGACCUAUACCUUGGUCAUCGUCGCCAUGGCUGCUUCUAUAACACGAGAAUCCUUUUACAGAAAUGCUAAUGUGGUACAAGUCGCUAAUCUCUCAGGAGCUGUCAUCCUUAUGGGAGAAUUUGCAACGAGUUUCUUCUCCUCAUUGAUGGGAGUUAUAGGGUCGGCCAAGCUUCUUCAAGCGAUUGCGCGAGACGGUCUGCUUCCAGGGCUCGGCAUCUUUGGGCAAGGCACGAAAAAGGCUGAUGAACCCGUCUAUGCAAUCAUUAUAACGUUCAUAGUCGCGCAGGCCACAAUGCUGUUCGACAUUAACCAAAUUGCUUCCUUUGUGACCAUGACUUAUCUCAUGACAUUCUUGGUAACGAAUCUUGCCUGUUUCUUGUUGAAGAUUGGGUCCGCCCCCAAUUUUCGUCCCUCCUUCCAUUACUUCAACUGGCAGACAGCAGCAACAGGUACCCUGGUCUGCGGCGCAAGCAUGUUCUUCGUCGAUGGCGUCUAUGCUUCGGGAUGUGUCGCAAUACUGAUGUUACUCUUCCUCCUGAUCCACUACAGCUCACCGCCGAAGCCCUGGGGCGAUGUGAGCCAGAGUUUGAUUUACCACCAAGUCCGAAAGUACUUGCUUCGUCUUCGGCAAGAGCACGUCAAAUUCUGGCGGCCUCAAAUCUUACUCUUCGUGAACAGCCUAGAGGAACAGUCUCGGAUGAUUGCUUUCUGCAACUCUCUGAAAAAAGGGGGCUUAUUUGUUCUAGGCCACGUUCUUGUCACGGACGACUUUUCCGCAGCCGUACCGGAAGCUCGGCGUCAACAAAGUGCAUGGACCAAAUUCGUUGAAAAUUCUCGGGUCAAAGCUUUUGUGAACAUCACAGUUGCCCCCACGCCCGAAUGGGGCAUUCGAAAUGUAGCCUUGAGUGCCGGACUCGGUGGCAUGCGGCCUAAUAUCGUGAUUAUCGACCAAUUUCGCAAGGGCCGAGCUUUAGUGGAGAGGUUUCAUUUCACGAACCGAAGAGACUCGGGACGCAAGGACUCAGGAGGCAGGCGCAUCUCGCGCGAAGCACUCUCUACUACUGAAAGCUCGCCAGAGACAUCAAUGGCUUGCAGAAGCUAUGUGACCAUUUUAGAGGAUCUUCUUUUCAGGUUGCGGAUGAAUGUCGCGGUGGCCAAAGGUUUUGAGGACCUCGAGCUGCCGGGUCCUCACGGACAGCAUAUGAAAAAGUAUAUUGAUCUGUGGCCGAUUCAGAUGAGCGCAGAGCUCGGUGCGGACACAGAGAGCAAGAAAAAUGUCUUGACUACGAAUUUCGACACCUACACGCUGAUCCUGCAAUUGGGAUGUAUCCUCAACACCGUCCCGUCUUGGAAGAAGACAUACAAACUGCGAGUAGCCGUAUUCGUCGAAUACGAGUCUGACGUUGAAGAUGAGCGGGGUAGAGUUGAGGCGUUGCUGGAGAAGCUCAGAAUUGAGGCAGAGGUUCUGGUGUUCUGGCUUGCAUGUGGAGAUCUGAAAACGUACCGCAUCAUUGUGAAUGGCGAAAUCACCCCAGAGACUGGAGAUUAUUCCGACCGUGUCCAUGAAGCUCUCCAGGAUGAAGAUUGGUGGCAAGACAUUCGACGAGCUCGUAGCGUUCAUGGAGCCUUAGACCACUCCGAAUCGAGCGAUCUCAUUCACUUGAGGGAGAGGAUGUCUAGUUGGCCCGUCCAGAGUCCGGAGAGUAUUCAACGGCCAUCGCAUCAGCUGGUUGGUGGAUUGCGAAAGCUCAUGCAGUCGUCGAAACGAAGACGAUCGAUAUCCAGCUUCCGUGGUCUCGGAAACGUCAGUCUGGGCAUGCAAACGCAUCGCCUUCUUGAUGCCCUCGUCGACUACGACAUCUCCAGCGAUUCCAGCACAAGUGACAGCAGCGACGAGGAGUUUGUCCCUUACCGAGAUGAUGUCGACUCUGAUGAAGGAGAGGAGAAUCAUCAAGACUCCUCCCAGGGCCCCGACCAGAGCUCCCAGCAGCACAUGCUCGGCUCCAUCAAAGCCAAACAAAGAGCAUCAUCUGACUCUAUUGCCCCCGACCAACCCGUCCCCUCGAUCAUCAUGACCGCCGACACCGACACAGAGCCUGCAGAAACUCCACAAACCCCGCCAUCACCCUCAACCGUCCUCGCGAGGCCCAAGCCCUCGCGGUCCCCCUCCAGCAACCGGUUCAGCUCCUCGCCUAUCCCCGAAGCCCGUGUCAACACCGAAGAAGGUGCCGGCCCAUCUAUCAUGUUCGCGCCCAGCGCCUCCCCGCCGCGCUCGACCUCUAACCACCGCCUUGAAUCCAUUUACACUCGUCGCUCAUCCUCCGGGCCUUCAGCUGUACUCGCAGCGCGAGCGACAUCAGCAUCUGGGUAUCCGCAGCAGGCAUCAGUGCCCUUCUCGUUCAACGAUCUCCCCAGCCGGGCGCAGCAUCUGAUCUUGAACGAGCUGAUGGUGAGACAUAGCGAGGAUACGGCGGUGGUUUUCACGACGUUACCGUCGCCGUCUGAGGGGACGGCGCAAAGUGAGGCGGCGAGUGCGUCCUAUCUGAGCGAUUUAGAGAUCUUCUGGCAAGGGCUACCGCCUUGUCUGUUGGUGCAUAGCAACAGUAUGACUGUGACGAUGAAUCUGUGAGGCUUGUAUUCUCUCCAGUUUUGAAGUUGAACAAAUACUGCUGCAAGAAAAGAGGAAUACAAAGUGAAGAGAAAAAAAGAAAGAGAAGAAAAACGAAGACAGGGAGAGAGAUGAGAAGACAGUCCGGUCAGAUUAUUAGGGCUAUCGCAACUAUCGCAUGUAUCAUAUAACGCG